CGUGUGUGUUGGAGAUUUGGAGAAGCAUCCCACGAUUGAGAUUUUCUUUAGAAACGAGCUAGAACAAACCGAAAGAAAAUACAUUUCGGACUUACUUUGAGUUUUCACUUUCCACCUUAGGUCUGCAAAAGGUCAUGAAUGGGUUCAGCAUAAAUUGCUAUGGCUCAGGAAUAGGCAUAGCCUAGGCUACUUAUAAUUCACUUAUAAUUCAUCUUCUAAUUUCUUCACUGAACCUUCAGUGAUAUUAUAUCCAUUCACAAUUCAUAGACUAAUCAAAGUUAGCACACACAAACAAUAUAGCAAAGCCAAUCAAAAUCGCAAGGUGGCGUUAAAGCGGGUUAAAGGUUGUUGCGUCGUGCCCAACGUGUUGAUGUCCGAAGAAGUUAGCAGGAUGUCAGAGGGCUUCCUCAUGGAAGUGUGUGUAGACUCUGUAGAGUCAGCCAUUAAUGCCGAAAGAGGAGGUGCUGGACGCCUCGAGCUGUGCUCCAGUCUGCUAGAGGGAGGGAUUACACCCAGUGUUGGGCUGUUGCAGGUAGUGAAGCAGUAUGUCCGCAUCCCAGUGUAUGCCAUGAUCCGUCCCCGUGGCGGGGACUUCCUGUACUCCGACCGUGAGGUGGAGGUGAUGAGGAAGGACAUUGAGAUGAUGAAGAGCCAUGGCGCAGAUGGACUGGUGUUGGGAGCCCUGACUGAGGAUGGAAAAGUAGAUGCUGAGCUUUGCAUGGAGCUGUUAGCUGUCGGCCGGCCUCUUCCUGUCACAUUUCACAGAGCCUUUGAUAUGGUCCACAAUCCUGUCGUUGCCUUGGAAACUCUAAUUUCUCUUGGCUUUGAACGAGUGCUGACCAGUGGCCUGGACAGCUCUGUAUUGGAGGGGCUUCCGCUCAUCAAGAAGCUAGUGGAACAGGCCAAGGGAAGAAUAGUCAUCAUGCCAGGAGGUGGCAUCACUGAGCGUAACCUGCAAAGAAUUUUAGAAGGCUCUGGAGCUCAGGAAUUCCACUGCUCUGCUCGUUCUAGUAAGGAAUCAACCAUGAAGUUCAGGAACUCGAGUGUGAACAUGGGAGCAGCUGUAUCUAUGCCUGAGUACUCCCUCAAAGUGGCUGAUAUGACCAAGGUCCGCACACUGAAUGCCAUCGCUAAGAACACUCUUUAGGGUACUGAGGGCUGGUCCCCUUUGCACCCUCUUGAAACGGGUUCUUUCCUAAUGGAGACAGAGUUUGGUGAAAAUCAUCGACAAGACAAUGUCUCCACAAAUAAACUGGCUCAAUAUGGGUUAACAAAUCAAAAGAAAAAAGAAUGUGUUUACAGGAUGUUUACAGGAUGGCGAGGUUGUAUGAAAGCCCCCAUGUCAGUGCUGAAGACAUGAGUGUCAGAGAUGGAUUCCUCUAUUUUUGUUUGUGUACUCUGUCUUGUGGUUUGAUGUUUUUUUGUUAUUUUUUAAUCAUACUCUGUCAAAGAUGGGAUACAUAGAUAUCAUGAUCUAGUAGAAAUUAUCUAAAAUUACCUUGACAAAUCAGGUAGGUCAAAUGCCACAGAAAUAUAAUCUGAAUAGAAAAUUAUACUGGUGAAAUGAAUAAAUGUAUUUUGUCCAA